CCUUCCCCACGUGGGUCCGCUCCCCGGGCAGGUCUGAAUUUCGCCGCGGAUGCAAUAUUUGGAUGUCCCCAGCCCAGGAUCUCAGUGGCACGCGCUGGCUUAAUGGACGAGGUCGCAGUGUUUUUGGAAAUUAGGCAGGGGACGCAGAGUGGGCUGCUGAUUAUCCGCCAACUAAAGCCAGAAAGCUGGCCCAUGGAUAUUACCUUGAUGCCGUCAUUGGUAGAGCUAAAAAAUGAUGAACACUGCAAGACCAUCAACCUUCCACCAGAGGUCAGGAUUGUUCCUUCUUCCUGUCGAGGACUGCAGUAUGUGCUUGGGGAUGGCUUACAUAUGAGACUGCUAGUUCAAGCAGGUUUCAAUAAUACAAAACUGGUACCAGCUCUGGGUGACAUCCUUAAAACCAAAAAGAAUUGUACCUUUUACUGCCAGUCUUGCCGCGAGAGCGUAAUAAACAACCGGACAUUUCUCAGAGUUCUUUCCCUUCCCGGUGAGAACUGGGGUGAUUUGGUGGAGGAAUGGUGUUGUCACCCCAACCCCUUCAACGACAGCGUGCUUCGGCCACAAAAUGGAGACUGUUUCCUUGGGCACAAUUAUUUCCUGAUUAGUUCAGGAAGUGAUCCAACUGGGCCAAGUUCAGAAAUCCCUCAUUCAGAAUCCCUGGGUACUCCUUCUAGAAGCAGUGGCUCUGUCCUGAAUUCAAAGGCAAAUAGAAGAGUAAUUUGCAGACGCUGCAAGACAUUGUUGGGAGAGGUUCACUCCUCAGGUGCCACAAAAUACUAUUUCACUGAACUGUUUGUUCAGCCAUCUGAAGAAGGUUUUGACAUGGUACCAAGGUCUCCCUUUAUACAAAGUGUUGUUGCCCAGUGCCUUGAAGAGCUUUCUUUUGCUAGAAGCACAUUUAGGUUCAGCAUACAAGGAACUGAUGGGACAACCUACAUCUUGAUGUGGCUACUAAAUUCUGACACACUUCUGGUGGAAUCUUCAGGAACACCGGCCUGCAGUAAUAUCUUUACAGUGUUUGAACAUGAUAUGUCGUCUGAUUUGAGGCCGUUAAAGAUUCAGAAGGCUAUCAAAGUCCUUUACCAUCCCUGUGUGAAAAGCAGAAAUAAGGACCUAGUUGAUUCAUGGGAAAGUGAUAUGGGAGUACAUUCUCUAACAUUUCCAUCAAAAACCUGCUUGGAAUUGCUGCUGAUACUGGCUCAGAGUAAUGCUUCGCUGCCACCUUCCCUUCGCUGGAUGAAUUCUUUCCAGGUUGCAUUUUUGAAGAUGUGAAGGAACCUGGUCUGAUCCUUUUGAAAAUAAAUUCCUGUCAAGAUAACCUUCAGCUACAAAGAACUGUGGAUCUAAGUUACCAAGUGGGGAUGUUUUUCCCCCUGAAAGUGAUUGUGAAGUUCCUAAGCCAAAGGGAAAAAGCAGUUAAUUGUAUAUUUAACUUGCUGUUUGUUGACUUUGGAGUUUUGAGAAGUUCAAAGAAUGUGAUGGAGGCAAGUUGGUCAAGCAGGGAGGCCAAUUUUUGCAAGGCUUGAGUUCAGAGAGCAGCUUAAUUUGGGAUGUCUGGAGUCUUUGAGAUCGCUUGUGAAGAACUACUAAUUCUCCAAGGAGAAGUCAAUUAUCUUCUGCAGCAACUGAAGCUUUAAAAAAAAAUAAAAAUAAAGGAACACACAGUGGCUGACUUGCCCUUCUAGGAAACAAAAUCUUCAGAGCUUUGUGAGCCCUUGACCUAAUGGAAUGUGAGUGGGAAAGGGAGUGACAGAGGGUGGGGGAAGAAGGUUUGCCUGCCCACUAUUUGUGGCUCAGAUUCUCCUCAAGGGAAUCUCACCCUCAGCAGAAAAAUGGUUUUCAAUCCCUGCUUUUAUGAUAAAAAAUUUUUUGGGUAAACCGUGAACCCUGAUUGCCAAGAAAAGCCUAAAAGUUUUUAGAUUUAACAGCAGAUUAUUCCAAGGUAACGUUGGUUAAGGGCUGGUCCCUGCAUGUAUUUACACCACUUGAUUUCUGAGAUUAAUGGUGAGCUGUCUACAUUUUAAAAAGCAUUGAGUCUGAGAUGAUAUUGAAGUGAUGGAGCCGGGACAGUGUGUCAUGUGCUGGAUCAAUAGCAAAUGUUCCGGGUGCUGGGUUGCAGAAAGCAUCAGUGGGACUUAGUUACUCACAGAAACAUACUUGCUUCAAAGAGAGGCUGACGUGCCACAGGGUUGCUGUGUGAUGUAUUGGAGACCACCGUAUUAAUAAGUCAGAGUGCCCAGACUACCUAAGGCCGCCCUUGUUUGCAAAUUUGAAUGGUUUUCUCCCUUUCAGCUAAAUGGAAACACAAGGCCAUGUCUGCAGAAAGGUUGCAGUGUAUUUUGUGCCUCGAAAGCGCAAGGUAUAAUGUAUUACAGAGCACUCCAGUGCACCUCCUGAAGGCAAGCAGACCCCACAGGAGCAGCACCGUAUCAGGGGUUGUGCUGCAUGGCUUCUCUGUCUCAGUUGCACAUGGGUCCAGCUGUAGUGUGGAAUGCAUGACUGAUUGCUCAUGAAAGCAGUGUGUAAUUGACCCGUGUAAAAGUUCCAGUGCACACAGACAGAUGCAAAUCAGUGUGCAUCCUUAUCAUCAACAAAGUUCCCAAGUAGUCAUUCUCAAUAAUUUCCUGCAAAUGUGCAAAGGACUACAGCAUACAUCACACUAUUAAGAUGGCAUUUUUCAUGUACAAAAUUGUGUCCUGACACUUGGCAGAGAAUUCCAUGGAAACUUUUUUUUUUAAGUUUUACUUUAUUUUAGCCCAGCACAAAGGUGAGUGUACACAGCAAUUCCAUUGCACGGCUUGUGCAGGCUGUUUUCUCAGAUUACCAGACUUGCCCUUUAAUAGACUUUGAUUUAUGUGGUCCUAAUAAGAGCAGAGCAGGCAAAGGCCUUUAUUUGAGCAUUGAAAAGAAAGCAGAUAUGGGACAAUUUACAGCUUGCGCUUAGCUGCAAAAAAGGUAUUUUGCCAAAUGACUGAGGAAAUAUAUUUCAGGCUGAUGAAAAGCCACUAAAUCUGGAGAGCUUUAAAAAAUAAAUGGCAUUUUAAAGGGGAAACUUGAGCUGCUGCUGUAGCUCAUCCUUACUAAUUAUUAAAAUCCUAUUUUGAAGCUGUGAUUUACAAACAUAGUUUGACUGUUGUGAGUUCUCUUCAGUUUGUGAAGAAAAAAAUGUCAAUUCCCAUCCUGCAAAUGGAUAUGUAGAAGACCUGGAUUUUUUGCAGCCCUCUGCUUACUCUGCCAAAGAAGUAAUGGGGAAUCUAAUUUGUCAUCACUCAUGAAGCAAGAGGACGUCUCAAAAUGAUGCUCAAUGUAAAAAUAAAUUUGCCAUUUUUCUUGAAAGAAACAAAUGAUUGACCAUUGUCAGAAAUUCUUUAGAUCUCCCACAAGAUCUCUCAAAAGUAAUGAGAAGCUUGUUUGCAAAGAUAAUAAUUAGGAUGGAAUUUCACCUGCUAAACGUUUUUGUAUGGGCAAUAUACAACAACAGGCAGUUUAAACCUUAUAAGAGAGGUGCCAUAAUUUGGGGAAAGGAAAUCUGAAGGGAGAAAAAUCAGGAUUUGAUCCAGAAUCAGCACCUUACAUUACAUUAUUACAGUGAUGGGAGAAACCAUAAUUACUUAACUCUGCUUUGGCAUCUUGGUAAUGGUUACCUGUUUGUGGAAUGCCUUCCCUGGUGACAUGUGUAUGUCUUCAUUAACUUUCAAGAAAAACUUAAAAACAUUUCUAUUCACUCAGGCAUUUAGUGGCUAAAAGAUACUGUUCCUGGAAACCUUGAAAUUAUUAGCUAUGAGGGUGUGUUUUAAAAUGUUUAGAUAGUUUUUAAAUAAUUGUAUUUAAAUAACAUUCUUACCUUAUUUUUAAUAGCACAGUUUUACUGCUUUGUAUCUGCUGCCCUUGGCUCCUUUGGGAGAAGGGAUGGGAUGGAAAUUUAAUAAAUAAAUAAAACUCUUCUCCUUC